AUGUGGUGCAAACAACGGUCACUCUGGGAUCAGGAAUGGAACAGUAUUGUCUUUAGUGACGAGUCUCGAUUUUGUUUAGGCAUGCACGAUGGUCGUGCCAGGGUUAGAAGGCGACGUGGUGAAAGGAGGAAUCCACAGUUUUUUGUUGAAAGACAUGUUCAUCACACUGUUGGAGUUAUGGUUUGGGUUGCUAUAGCUUAUGGUUCCAGGUCACCUUUAAUCUUCAUCAGAGGUAACAUGAACGUGCAGCAUUCAACUUUCCAACAAGAUAAUGCCCGACCACAUGUUGCAAGAGUCACAAUAGACUUCUUGCAACAUAAUGAUGUCACAUUGUUGCCAUGGUCACCAAGAUCUCCCGACUUAUCCCCAAUUGAGCACGUUUGGGAUAUGAUGGGUAGGAGAUUGCUCAAUUUGCAAGGUCCUCCUCAGACUCUAGAAGCACUUCGAGAGGAGGUGGUGGUUGCCUGGAAUGAGAUACCACAGGAAGACAUUGACCACCUGAUCAGAAGCAUGCUUAGGCGCGUUGGAGAAUGCGUAGCACAUCAGGUCAUUAGAAAAAUGGAACUCAACCGAGAACAUUUUCGUGCAAUAAUUUAUUACAACUUUCAGAGACACUUAUCGCAACAAGAAUGCCUAGCUGAGUUACUGUCUGUUUUCGGCAACGAAGUGCCACAUCAGUCGACAAUUUCCCGUUGGUAUGGAGAAUUCAAACGUGGACGGGAAAACGUCGAUGCUGUGCGCAAACUCAUCAUUGAAGAUCGGCAUGUGACAUAUCGCGAGAUUGAGGCUAGUGAUGAAUCGUGGAUUUACUGUUAUGAACCAGAAAAUAAACGACAGUCGGCUGUUUGGGUGUUCCAAGUUGAAGAAAUGCCAACAAAAGUCAUCCGUUCUCGAAGUCUUUCGAAAAAGAUGGUCGCGACAUUUGUGUCAAAAGCGGGUCAUAUUGCAACAAUUCCUCUUAAUGGGCAAAAAACUGUUACUGUGGAUUGGUAUACCACCACUUGUUUGCCAAAAGUCAUCACCGAGCUUCGAAACAUCAUCCCCGAAAGAAGAAUCAUCCUCCACCAAGACAAUGCAAGCUCGCACACAGCCCAAAAAACAAGGCAGUAUUUUACGGAAGAAAACGUGGAAUUAUUGGACCAUCCUCCAUAUAGUCCCGAUCUAAAUCCUUACGGUUUCUGUACUUUCCCGAAAAUUACAAACAGACUGCGUGGUCAAAGGUUCCAGUCACCAGAAGAAGCAGUUGACGCAUUCAAAAAUGCCGUUUUGGAUCUGCCAGCAAAUGAGUGA